CCUCUUAUGAACAUGUAGGUAAUGUUGUGAUGAGGCGAGAUGACAUCGAUAUCUAUGAAGAAAAACGUGAUGACUUUGAAUACAUAAAUGCUACAUACGAGUACAUAAACGAUACAUACAUUGAGGACGAUUGUCCUGGCUUGAAUGCCUGUUUCUUUGCACCACCGAAUUCAACUGACCAAGAAGGAAAUAUGUACCUUGGAGAAAAUUUCUUCACCGAUUAUUGCAAGUAUGUCCAGGAACUCGUUGAUUGUGUGGAGGAGUUGGAUAGUUUUAAAGUCACAGAAUGUGUUGAUCAAACAAGAUUCAUCUCAAUGUACAAGUCGAAAGAAACAAGUCUUUGCAUUAAUCCUAUAUACCCACUCUUAAAGAACUUGCGACAGUGUAUGAACAGCUUGAACAAGAAGCUUGGUAACUAUACUGAGACAUUGCAUACCCUCAUGGGUCCCCCUGGACAGGAUUUCACAGCAAAUGAUAAAAAUGUGUCUAAAGAGUCUUUCUGUGGAACAUACAAUGAAAUUUUGGACGAAACAAUCGAUGCAUUUAAAAGAUGUCCUUCAAACAAUAUUCAAUGGUCAGAAGAGAAGAUCAGCAUCCUUCGUAAGAACUACUACCCGGUUAUCCUAGGGAGGAAAAUACCAUUCCAGUGCAGUGAUCCAAAACGAAAGUUGACAGGAGAUCGGAUAAUAUCAACAUCAUUCGAAAAAAUUAAAAUCCAGUUGUAUUUUGGAGGACAAAACAAUUCAACUGCAGUGAUACAGGUUUUUGACAAAGCAUAAGAAAUCUGGAGCAAUUUUUAAUUAACUUUUAACUAACAAAAUCUAUGUUCAAUACUACAUUAUUUUACCUCUAUUCAUUGUCUUGCCAUCAAUUUUCACUCAAAACAGACGGACGUGUUACAAAAAUGUUAUCACAUGUACAGAUGAAAUUUUCCAAUUACUGCAAAUCUCUGAAA